AGAGAGAGAGAGAGUGAGAGUGAGAGAGCAGUCGCAUGCAGAGAGGAGCUGGGACGAGAGACAGAACAGAAGAGAGCUGUCAAGCUGCGAGGAGGCAGCGGAGAGACGACUUAGUUUUUUUCUUGGAAUACAUUUCCCCCCUCCAUCUCAGAGGCCCACACACGCACACACUCAAAUCGUAUAAACAAGCAAACGUGUGUGUGUGUGUGUGUGUGUGCGAGAGCUGCCGUUACCUUUCUUAGUGCUGAAUUAUUUGAAGGAUCUGGACCUACUCAAGCCUGACACACUUGGACUGUAGGAGUGUUUGGAUUCAGGAUCUCUGUGACUUGGACUUCAUCUCUAAUUAGAUUCAGAUUGACUUUUUACAGUGCAACACUUUGGACUGAGUGUGUUUCUCUCUGUAAGUGCGACUAUUGAUUCGGCACUUGCAUUGAAUGGAACACCGAGAUUUUGACCAAAACUGCGUCUGCACUUGUUAGUCUCCUGAAUUUGUAAGAUUGGACUCACUCUUGGACUUUGUCUGUGUGUUUGUGUGUGAGGAGAAGGAUGUGUUGGCCACAGACAGCGGUCCUGCUAGCCCACCUCGGGUUCACCUUAACGGGGGCAUGGAGAGCAUCUCAGCCAAGACUGCAGUUCACACACUCCGAGCUCGUCCAGAAUGGCCGCCUGCUGAUGCUGCCCCUAGUGGCCGGAGACCUGCACUCGCUGCUGCCUGACGAGAAUGGGAGGCGUCUGUACGUGGCCAUGAAAGAUAACCUGCUGUCCACCAGUCUGGACGACAUAACACAGAACCCACGCAAGCUGUACUGGCCGGCCAGUCCGGACCGUGUCCAAGAAUGUCUCUUGGCUGGGAAGGAUCCAGAGCUGGAGUGUGCCAACUUCCUGCGAGUUCUGCAGCCUUUCAACCAGACUCACCUCUACGUGUGUGGCACCGGGGCCUUCAACCCCCGCUGUGCCCUCGUGGCUACCAGCAUCUUCCAACGGUCAGAGCACCAGACUCUCUCCUACAGCCAGACAGAGUGUGGGAAGGGGAAAUGUCCCUAUGAUCCGUUCCAGAAAACAGCUUCUGCUGUCGUUGAUGGAGAGCUGUAUGCUGGGAUCACCUCAGACUUCAUGAGCAGGGACUCUGCCUUCUUCCGUAGUCUCGGCAGUCGUCGCGUCCUCCGCACUGAGCAGUACGACUCCACCUGGCUGCAGAAUGCCCAGUUUGUGCGGGUAGCGCCACUGUCUGAAACUGAUAACCCGGAGGAUGAUAAGGUCUACGUGUUCUUCACCGAGCGUGCUCAGGAGGCGGAAGGGGCUGCUGGGAAGGUGCUCUACUCCAGGGUGGCACGUGUGUGCAAGAAUGACAUUGGAGGCCAGAGGAGCUUAGUGAAUAAGUGGAGCACCUUUCAGAAGGCGCGUAUGGUAUGUUCAGUGCCAGGACCAGACGGCCUACAGACGCACUUCGACCAGCUGCAGGACAUCUUCAUUCUCCAGGGGAAAGACAAGAAGAACCCUCUCAUCUAUGGACUGUUCACCACGUCGAGUGAUAUUCUGAACGGCUCGGCGGUGUGCGUUUACCGAAUGGAGGAUGUCGUUCGGGCUUUUAAGGGAAAUUUCCUGCACAAGGAGGGGCCCCAGUAUAAGUGGGCAGAGUUCACAGGCCAGGUGCCCUACCCACGACCAGGAACGUGUCCGAGCAGCACAUAUGGAAGCUACAGUUCCACUAGAGAGUAUCCUGACGACGUCAUCUUCUUCAGCAGGACACACCCGCUGCUGCAGGAAAAUGUGCUACCACUGGGAGAGCGCCCCCUCCUGGUCAGAGUGGGUGUUCACUACAAGUUCAGCAAACUUCUGGUGGACAGGGUGGAGGCCGUGGACGGCACCUACGACGUUCUGUUCAUCGGCACAGACUCUGGUCUGGUGCUGAAAGCCAUCCAUCUGCCCAGAGAACACGGCCAGAGUCAGGAGGUCACUCUCGAGCAGCUGCAGGUCUUCCAGCACAAAUCACCUGUGACAGCCAUGACACUCUCAAAGAAAAAGUGGUUGUUUGUGGGCUCCAGGGAGGGAGUGUCCCAGCUGGCCCUGUACCAGUGUGAGUUGUACGGUCAGGCCUGCGCCGAGUGCUGCCUGGCCAGAGAUCCCUACUGCACGUGGGACGGACACGCCUGCAGCCCUUACAUGCCCACUGUGCGCAGGAGGAAUGCUCGUCAUUUAGGGGAAGACGAGGAUCCACUGACUCAGUGUGUCAGACAGGGAGCCAUGCUGCAGGUGGAGGCAGAGCAGAGGGUGAUGGUGGUUGCUGAGGGUAACAGCACCUACCUGGAGUGUCUUCCCCGAUCCAGACACGCUGCUGUCACUUGGUACAAACAGGCUGGAGAGAACAGUCCUGAACUAAACCAGGUGGUAACAGGUGACCAGCUGGUGGUUAUCGAGCGGGGUGUUCUGAUUCGUCGCGCUGAGCUGUCUCACGGCGGCGUCUACCACUGCCAGGUGGAGGAGCAUGGCUACCACUGGACCGCCGUCACUGUCCGCCUGGCCGUUUGGAGCCCCGCGGCCAAUCACCUCCUCGCCUCCUGGUCCAGCUCAUCAUAUCAGGGCAGGGGAACCCAGCCCUGGUACGAAGACGUGAUGGCGCUGAUUCACCCGGGAAGCCUCGGCCCGCAUUGCAGGGCUCUGGGGUACCGCCCCCCGCGCAACCACCGUCGCCAUGGUGACGUCAUGGCGGCAACGAUCAAGGAGAAAGAGAGAGGGGAGAGGCACAAGCACGGGGGAGGACGGGGUGGCGGGGGAGGAGGGGGAGGAGGGGGAGGAAGACCCGCAGGGAGGAAGAGCAGGAGCAAGCCUCAGCAGAGGGCGCCAAGGAGCGCUUGAAUGUGUCACAGGGCAGGAGGGAGGAUUUUCACUGACACACACAUUUAUAUUACAUGUACACACACACACAUACACACACACACACACACACACGCACUUAACUUAUACACUGAGACACACACACACACACAUACUGUAUGUACAGAGACUACGACAUGCGCAUGCACUUAUCUACAAAACAAACAAAAACAUCCUUUCGUUGUCAUGAUAAACUCUCAAAUGAAGCUACACAAAGAACUGAAGUAUGUACAGGAGGUUGUGGACAGCGAAGACUGUUUGACCUGGACAAAGACAGAGACUGUACAAAAGAAAAGCAGGAGACGUAGAGGUGUCAGAGCAUGCUGAAUGAAGGAUGAACAGCAUGUCCAGAUCACUCAGUUUGACUGACUCUGUGUCGUGACAUGGACUUGUAUCAGGAAAGUUUUUGGAUCCUCUACAAAGUAAAAAAAAGAGGAGCCUUGUUCCAAAAGUUCUGCAUUUAAAAAAAAAAAAAAAAAAAUCCUUAUGAAAAGGUUGAUUCUUAAAGGACCAUCGUACGUUUUUGCAUGUUUUUGCCCAUUAAUUACAAUUGACAUGAAGCCAGUUACUCUCCAAAACAGAACAGAUGUCUUUAGAUUGAUUUUGGACCUUCCAGGCAGAUGCUGGUUUCCAUUCAUUUCAAUCACUUUUCAAAUCCAUGAAAAAUGCUUGAGAGAUGUUCCCUUUCUUUUUUGUCAAAGUCAUGCCGAUGCAGUCGAGGAAGCGUCUUUUUUUUUUUUUUUUUUCAAACUUUCCUUUGUGCUACGCUCAAGUUUCAAGGACAUUUCCUUGAGAACUGAGGGUCAACUGCUCAAAAAGCAUUUCGUUGACGAGGUACAUCGUUGGAGAGUAAACAACAAGAAGACAAAGAAGCGCGUGUAUUACGGCUAAAAAACGAAAGGUAUCUGAUACUCUCUGUGAUGGAGUGCUUGUUGAUCUAAAAAUUUGUUAUGUUUUGGAAAAUGAUCAGCAGUGAUUCACAAUUUGAAGGUCACAAGCUUCAAAAUUGAAUUCCCAGCCGUCGAUGUAAUAUAAACACGGCAGCAACUUUGAAAGACGUAAUGAUUCAGGUUGUGAAUAGCCCUGAUGAGUUUUAUGCAUUUUCCCCCCUUGAUGUAUAUGGAACAAUUUCACAUGGAGUCCCGCCAGCGGUUCACCUAAAAGGGGAGCUUUGUUGGUCUGUCGCGAUAGGCGGAGUCUGACCACGAGAUCGCCGACCACAGAGAAGAAAGGCGGCAGAAGGCAAGACGGCGGCUUUGAUGAGGUUUCAGAUCUACUCUCCCAGGUCAUUAGUGUUCUGCGUCGCAGCCGUACAAACGCCCCACGGGAGACGUUUCCAUUAUGUUCUCCCCUACGUUUGGUUCAGCCGCUUUAGCUGCUACGUGUUACAGGCAUAGCUGGCACUUAUUUCAUGCCACGCAGCAGAGAGCGGUUUAGUCCAGGUGCGGGGGGAAAAUGUGAGCAAAACGAAGGUGGAUGCGAUGAGUCUUAUAAUGUCCACUCCCAUUUUGAAUGUCGUAUUGGUUUUCCCAGAGUUCCACAUGAGUGCAGUGUACAAGUUUCGGAAACACGAUGAGGUUUAUUAUUCUGUAAAGAAGGGUCACUUCUUCACCUCAUCUCCAGUCUAAAGACAAGUCUACAAAUUUUCAUUUUUGCUACGUUGCUGUUCAAGGCACAAUCAAGCCUUUAUAGUUCUAUCCGAUAUUUUUUGCCAAACCACAAAGGGAUUUUUCUUUCAUUGGUAAUGUUUAGAAUAAUAUUUCUACCAAGUAAAAAAACGUAACAUUUUCUUGGACAAAAAAAAAAAAAUACAUUUAAUGUAACUUAGGUCGUGACAGUUAAUUCUUCCCGCUGAAUCAUCCUACGACACGGACAAGAGAACACGUUUGGACCACGCCCUUGGACCGAACUGUCGAGAGACUCUGUACAGAGCGUGCAUGGUUCUCAAACUAUGGCUCGGGGGCCAAAGUGGGCCGAUGUGACUUUAGGGGGGGAGCUUCAGCCCAGCUGAACAAAUGGAGUAAUACGUUGCUGGUGCUGCAGCUCCAACUGGUACAGACAUCUGGCUGUAAAUUAAGAAGCGAAUAAUAAUGACGCCUUUCUUUGUGCGCGUUUGGAACGAGAGAGGACUGGAAUCAAGUGGAUCGGAGCGACUUUGCGAAGCAGCAAAUUGCUGUCCUUCGUGUUGAAAUGUUAAACCAUCACAGCGUGUUUCACCUCCAUUUAACUCUCUGCAUAGUACUAUUUAUUUGUUUAACUUGGAGUCAAAAUGCUUGUUUCGCACAUUGUGAGGUCAGGUCUUUGGGAAACGCUUCAGGACCUCCCUCAGGUCACACACUAGAAACUUAUUUAACAUGUGAGUGUUUGUUGGUCUGUCUUUGUAUGCUUAUACCGUAUGUUUCUGUGCCCACACGUAGACUGUAUUCUUUUUUCUCUUUAUUUCCAGAUGAUUUAGCUCCUCCCACAGGCAUUUUUAAAAGUACAAACUGAAUUGACUGGAGGCUACAGGAACUAAGAGGGAGAGCUAAAACAGCGUCAUUUUCAGAUGCAAACGUCCAGCGUGAGCUCGACGAUGAUCGUGCUGUUGUUUUGCAGAUUAGACUGGGUGAAGGAUGAAAAAUAACUAAUGCUUUCUGAUUUGGCAUGUGAGGGAGACGAAGCCAGACAGCACGACUAAAUUAAAACUUUAAACUUCGUUUGGUAUGGUUUACUGGAAGAAGAUGCAUUUACAUGCUUGGUUAAGUCCAAUAAUAACAGCCUCUCGUGUUUUCACAUAUUUAGUUUCAUGCCACAACGAUGAUGCUGAGCACGCAAUCCCGCCUCUAUAUGAUCCCAGUUCCGCUCUUCUGGUAGUAUAUACUGUGUGUAUUGUGUGUGUGUGUGCGCUUGUCAUUCUAUGGUUGUGAGAGCCACUUCAGGUUCAAAACCAUCUUUGUGAGGACACUUUGACGUUCUGAGGAAAUUCUGAUUGGUCAUCACAAUUUCAAAUGGCUGUUUGAGGGUUAAGACUUGGGGGUUAGAGUUGGGUUUAAACUUGGGUUAGGCAUGUAGUGAUGAUGGUUAGGGUGAGGGGCUAGGGAAUGCAUUAUGUCAAUGAGUGUCCUCACAACAAUAGAGAGAUGUGUGUGUGGCCUUGUUUUACCAUAUUUGUGGGGGGUUUUAAAUCCAGAAAAACCAGUUUGACAUUCAGUUGUGGUGGUCAAGGUUAGGGUAAGGAGCUAGGGAAUGCAUUGUGUCCAAAAUGGGUCCGUCCAUGUGUUCGUGCAUGCAUGCACGCGCGUGUGUGUGUGCGUGCGUGCUUGUACAGUAUGCCUCUGUCUGUCUUCGUGAGCAUUUGAAAAUUUGUGGGAUCAGACUGAGAGGUUCUGAAGCCCAGCCGUUCAGAGCUUGGCAAAGGAUCGGAGACACUUUAGAUGCCGAAAGUAAAAUAAACCAAACCGACUUUGAGCGCGGAGGGCCUGCAGUAAAUUAACGUGGGCUUGGCUUCUUGCCGUCUUGGUCUUUGGCCACAUGAAAGACCCACCAGCGCCGAGCUCGGUGCUGAAUCAGAGCGUGUGGGGAGUAAAGAGAGAGAGGGGAAAGAGAAGCAAGAGGAGUUUAUGAGGAAGUUUAUGUGACUCCUUCGUGAGUAGCUGUUGAAAGUGUGAAAAUGUCAGAUAUAGCCCCGUCUCCAAAAUGAAAGAGUGUAUGUGGGCGAAUGUGAAGCGGGAGGUAUAAUCAAAAUGAAAUCAAGAUUUGGCGUGUUCCCGUGCCGCUCUCAAAUACCACAUUUAGGUCAAAUACAAGCUGAUUCAGCAGGAGAAUGUGACUGUGUGAGCAUGUCAAACAACGUUCCUCCAUGUUGAAAGCUAAAUGAGCCGCCACUGAUUAACUAACAAGUACAAUUUGAACAUGUUGUCAUCAUUUUGACCAAAGUGAAUGUCUUGGCUGUUGGUUGCCAUAUCUUGUUCCUCAAAAUACACACUUGAUCAAAGUGCACACUUGGGGCGCUUUCACACCUACCGCGAUUGGUCUGCACCUUUGAACCAACAAUCGCAGAUGUGAAAGGUGCCUCGGACGUGGUCUGACCAAAAGGGGUGGUCUAGGUCCGGAUCAAACGGAGCCCUGGUUCGGGCCGUUCGCAGUGUGAAAACACUUUUCUGGAUUGUUCUGACUUUCGGACCGAUCGCAGGAAGUUGACACAGCGUUUGACAAUAGAAGGAGAAAAAGGAAGCACAAAUUUGCGGUGGUACCACAUGGGGCGGAGGAGGAGACUAAAUAUUGAAUUACAUUUUUUAGGACAAUUGAUUGCAGCCUUCGCCUCCGACGAUGGAAUGUUUGACAGCACCAAAGUUCAUUUGGGGCAUUCGCACUAGUGUCGAGUACUGCGGCUGAAAGCGGUGAUGCUGGUACUAUUACAAUAAGGAUAUUACAGGGGCAAGGAAAUUAACAUUUUUUAUUUCUUUUUAUGAAUGGAAUGACAAAUUGACAACGCGUUUGCGCCCGACGCACGGCCGUCUACACACCCAUCAAUGUCCAGCACACGUCGACGCAGCCCACGUGGGUGAUGAUGAGAGGACGUACGCGGGUCAGACAAAAUUCUUUAGUGCGCUCCCUAAAAUCGCAAUGUGAAGCCAACACUAAUCGGUUAAAAUGUCAAUAACACAACAACGACCCAAACCUUCCGGGUGUAUAGGAGAAUGGACUCUUUGGCAUUAUGUCUUUUUCAAGGGUGUUUUUCUCUCUGACAAGCUGACACACAUCACUGGGGAUUUCUGUCCAUAUUGUAACAUAAACGGCUUAGGUAGCGGUAAAUUACAAAUCCAACUUGUAGACAUUUUGGGAACGACAUUUACUUGCUCCCUUGCAGAAUUUUAGAUCAGUAGAUUGACGACACUCUCGUGUCUGAGCGCUUUUUAAGAUGCACUAUCCGGUUAGUUUAGCCUGUCAUAGUAUUUUCUUUAAGAUGGGCAUUAAAGGCCCCGGGGACACUUUCCAGACAGACUAAAUCAAAAAUUGAAUAAAAGAUGAAAAACUCUUCUCUCCAUAACAGUACAGAACCUAGCAGUAGAGGCUAGCUAGGAGCUUUUUGGGGGGGGGGUCUUCUUUUAACUAGGAGGGAACAUUUUGUUGGCAAAUGGAAGAUGUAGUCUGAGCAAAUUUUUGAUAAAUGCUGCUGCACACGCACUCGCAGGCAAACAAAGCCAAAUGUGAUGCUUUAGGUCUCCAACCUCCACGAGAAGACGUUGAUUUAACUUGGAGUAUGUUGCAAGUUAAAGAUUUCAAUUGUAUCUCUGCAAACAGACCCAGCAAUCUAUAAAUUAUGAAAUCAGGUUUUGUGUGAUUUCCAGCCUGUGGAUAUUUUGUAUAUAUGAUUGUUCAAAGUGUGUGUAAAUAUAUAUAUAUAUAGAUGUGAUGGAUUCCAACACUACGUCUCCUAUAAGACAUUUAAAACAGUUAGUGUUUCUCUCAAAGACGUGGCGCAGAGCUGCUCCUCAUUCAGUACAAUGGCCUCGUGUGUUUGACUUUGUUAUGCUGUAUUUACAUCUCGGUGCCAAUUAGUCUCUUGUGACUUUCCAGAGUGACUUCUUCUCCACAGACGGAAUGAAACUGUCAUCGAAUGAUUUCCUCCCUUGUGAGCAGACUUUGUUUUUCUCUGAGUAAAUAUGUAUUGGUCUGCUUUCAAAAUAC